UAUGUAAUAAAAUAAUAAUAAUGGACAUUUUGAUCAUUUCUAAAUUAUGUUGGACAACAUAAAAUUGAUUAAAAAGGAAACCAAAGAACUUAGAGAUGCUUAUUAGAAUAGAAAAAAAGAUCUAGGAGAAAAUCAAAAAAAAUGGGCUAUUGCUAUCUAAAAUACUAAAAUAAGAAUAGAAAAUCUUAUUUAAUGGAUAAAUGAUUAUGGUUAAGUCAAUGUAAAAUGGGAUUUACCUUUUGAAAUAUUGGAACAACUUGAUAAAUUUGAUUUUCUUGAAGAAUAUAUAGAAAAUUUAAAAAAUCAAGUACAUUUUUACUAUGAAUAAUAAAAAUAUUAAAGUUAAAAUGCUAAACAAUUUAGUUAAUAUUUAAGAACAGGAAUGAAAAAUGAUUGUAUAUAAUGA